GUUCACGGAAGUUACUCGAUCAUCGGCUGCAGACACUGAAAAUCUUCGACUGGCUGAAAAAAAAAUCCUCUCUUGUUAAUUCUCCUCUUAAAACAUGUUUAAAUUAAGUUAAAGCUAGUGAAAAUAAAAUUAUUUAGGCCUGAAGUUGUGACUCAAACUCAAACUGGGUGAAGUUAGGUGAAAAGUCUCUUUGAUCCGGACUCUUGCUGACAGCUCUCUCCUGGAGCAGGAACCAGCCUCCGCUGUUUCCCAGCAGACUCCGCAGGAAUGAUACUCGGUUGACUCUCCUGGCAGCUGCUUCUGGAUAAUCUGAUAAACGCUUAUAGGAAAACAUCCGAAUAAUGAAUUUACUACCGUCUAAUCCUCACGGGAAUGGGCUCCUUUAUGCCGGAUUCAACCAGGAUCAUGGUAAGGAGUGUCGCUGUCAUAUGUUUUUUUUUUCUUCCUCCCAACUGGAAAUGUCAACGUCGUGAAUGCUAGGCUAACGUUGCUAAAACGUUUUAUUUUCAAUGUUAAACACAGCUAUUAAGUCCACAGGCGUCAUUUUUCUUUGGUAUUAAACAUUUUCACUGCAGUGUCACAAAAGUAACAGCAAUAAAAGGAGUAUACAUUUGGUUGAUGUCCAGCGUAAACCAAACGAGGCUAACGUUAGCCGACGUAGCUUAACAGCUAUUUCACUAACUUUUUGCUGUCGCCCAAUAGACGGUUGGGAAACAAGCUAAUGUUAUGUCUAAUAUAAACUGAAUAUACUUAUAUUUGACCGUAGAAACUUGAAGUUCACAUUUUUUGGUAUCGCAAUAAUAUAUAACUCCUGUUAUAGGUUAGCCUUACUCAUGAGCUAAUGCUAACUUAGCCGCACCUCCCAUCUUCUGUCAUAGUUAGCCAAACUGCUAAACCGCUCGAUUCGUCUCAUUUGACCGCUAUAACCACGAUAUUUGACUGAUUCCGCGUUGUUUUGGGGCAUUAGAAAUGUCUAAUUUCACUCAAUCUUUAUCAUCUUUACUCAACGUAGUUCUAUUCAAAGCUUUACCCACUUCAAUAGGCCGUAAAGUUAAAUACUCGUCUUUGCCUGACUGUAUGUUAAUAUUAUGAAAUAGCUGGUGUUAACAGGUAUUAUGAGAUGAAAAAGGAUUAUGCAACAAAAGUUUCUCAAUAACUUGACACUUUUAGGACAGUCGGGUGUGUAACAUUUUAAUUACAGAGGCAGGAGACCUCAUGUGACCCCCAUAAAGAUGCAGCUAUGGCGCCUAUCAUCACAGUCAGCAUGUCAACAUACAGGGUUCCAGUUUUAUUUGGUUAAUCAUUGGCUUCAUGUCCCCUGUCAGCUCAUCCUUGACACUUUACCAUGACAUUUAGUCCAAGUUAAAAUAGCUGCUGUGACUGCCUGUUUUUGUUGUCAAUUGUCAAGGCUAUUUCAUUUUGAAUAAUAUUUGUAUGAAGCCCCUGAUAUGAAAACAUUUGAAUUAAUGUUUAAUGUUUGUGUGUUUCUACAGGAUGCUUUGCAUGUGGGAUGGAGAAUGGAUUUCGUGUAUAUAACACAGACCCUCUUAAAGAGAAGGAGAAGCAAGGUGACAGCUUUUUGAAGUAUUGUUUAUUUAAUUACGUGAAAUAUUGUGAGUAGGGUUUAUACUGAACUACAUGGUGAUGGUUGUAAUAUGUUUAUAAGGCAUGUACAAAGAGCAUACAACCCUUGUGGGUUUACAAGACAUCAGAAAUACAGUUGUAGUGAUUCAAUAAUCUUAACAGAGUCAUUUCAAGGUUAGGUCUUUUCCCUCCAUGCUUUCAAGACAAAAUCUGCAACAAAAUGGUUGCUCUACUGCACAGUUCAUUCAAAUUGAAGAUAUCAACACUAAUAUAUGCCAGCACAUAAUGUGUAUUCUACCAAGUUACAAAAGAAUAACUCUUGAAUAAGUUCCUGAUUUAUUUUUGUUUUAAUGGACUGAUCCCUAAGAACUUGAAUCAGUAUAGUUAAAAUAUGCAGAACUUAUAGUGAACCUAAUGUGGAAACGUUAAGAAUAAAGUUUUAGUGGCUGUGUUAGACUUGAAAAAUGUGAUGUGUGGAAACGGAUGAAGCUAUAUUGUCAUUUACACAGUCCUUAUCAAAUAAACUGUAUCAAUAAAUAUAAGUAAGAUUUUUAAAAGUCUCUACUGAUCACCUUAAGGCACUCAUACCAACUUCACACUUCCUCAACAUCGAUUUUUUUGUGGAUGCCCAUUACAUCAUAUAUCAGUGACACACAGAAAGUUGUGCCUGGUGGCUCACUGUUUCAUUUCUUCUAACAACAGUUGACAUUUAUUUGUGAAUCGUCAAACAUUUCACUAUUUUUAGUUAUGAACAGUUUUCUUUGUAAGUUUGAUCCAUGUCAUUGAAAGGAAUCAUCCACCAAAUUCGCAAAGGUAGUACUUUAAAACUGUGCAGUUUGUUGACAUAAUUAAAUUCUAUUUUAAAUAUGUAGACAAACCAGCUGUUGAUAAGGACACCAUGGAUAGUUUAUCAGUGGUUACUGCUUUGAAUUUUUUUGUCCUGAAGUGUUCAGGAAGAAGAAUUAUACUCAGUGGUUGCUGCUGAAGUAAAAAGAAAAAACCCCAGCUCUGUCACACUCAGAAACAAAGUAUUGUGACAGAGUUGCAGCUCCUGAAAAAAAGGAGGGAUAGAAGAGGAAGUGUCCCCCAAACAGGGCUGAAAAUGUGACUCAGCACAUGACCUGCUCCAGAGUUUCUUCCUGGAACUGACCGAUACAACGCUCGUUCAUCAGACCAAGUGUGCUCUUUCAUCUUUUCUUUCUGCGUUAAUCCAUGCGCAGUACUUUGAUGAAAGUCCUUACAGCACACUGCGGUUCUACUCAGGGUGGGGGUUGUAGUCUGAUUGUGAGUAAUGCAGAGGAUUGCUUGUCAUUGUGGUUCACUGUCUGAGGUGCAGAGUGGAGCCAUUAGAAAUGAGUCAGCAGCAGAGUGCAAAUGUUACACUCAGUUGUGAUGAUAAGAGCUGUGUUUCCUUCUCAGAAUCAUUUACACUUUACUCUGUAGACUUGUCGUUAUUCAUGAUCUACGCUGUUUACUUUCAGAGUUCCUGGAGGGCGGGGUCGGCCACGUGGAGAUGUUGUUCAGGUGUAACUAUUUAGCACUAGUGGGAGGAGGGAAGAAACCCAAGUAUCCGACCAACAAAGGUAUGUGAGGUCGAUUUCAGUUAAAUUUGAUAUGUAGUUUCUUACCAUCAGCACAGACCGUGGUUCUCAAGUCCAGUCUUUGAGGCCCACCGUCCUGCAUGUUUUGGAUGUUUCCCUGCUCCAACACACCUGAUUCAAAUGAUUAGCUCGUUAGUAAGCCAUUACAGAGCUUGAUAACGAGCUGAUCAUUUGAAUCAGGUGUGUUGGAGCAGGGAAACAUCCAAAACAUGCAGGACAGUGGGCCUCAAGGACUAGAUUUGAGAACCACUGGUGUAGAAAACACUGUAUUUGAUCUAGAUCCUGUUUUGGUUACGUAUUUGAACUUAAAGGAAAUAGAGUGGAAUUAAGGUGUGAGGUGCUUCUCAGCUCUGACACCUGCAGACUUGAAGUGAACAGUCACCACUCCUCCAGGAAGCUCUUCGUCUUUUAUUCAUGUGACUUUGUUGAAUAUUUGUGGUUUUUUGUUCCCUAGUAAUGAUCUGGGAUGACCUGAAGAAGAAAACAGUCAUUGAGAUUGAGUUCUCAACAGAAGUCAAAGCAGUGAAGCUCCGACGUGACAGGUAAAAAAAAAGACAUCCAUUCAAGGAUUGUUUCUUGUCUUUUGGGAGGGGAUAGAAAUACCAACCUACACAGGAGGAGAGCAUUACAACAAUCUGAUUGUCUGGUUUUCAUCCUUCCCCCUAAAGCGUCUAUUGAGUUUAUUAGCGGUGGCGGAGGCAGGGGCACACUCUGAUACUUAGGCACUGCAGCCAAACUAUCUAAUAUCUCAUUUUUGCUCUCAUUGUGUGAUUGUGUCAGAUUUGCAUGUGUGAGAUCAGAUUAUUUGAGUAGAUUAUCUGACAUGUUGUUUCAAUGUUUGCUUGUGUUGGUUCGUCUUUGUCUUCAGGAUUGUGGUAGUCUUGGACUCCAUGAUUAAAGUCUUCACCUUUACCCACAACCCCCAUCAGCUGCACGUGUUUGAGACCUGCUACAACCCCAAAGGUUGGUCCACUUUAUUCAAGCUGGGUGACUUUAAAUGGAAAGCUAUGUUUUUUACAGCUUGGCUUAUAAAUAUUUAGUUCUUUGUGACUAAUAGACCCCAAUAGUUUCAGUAAUGGUUCUUCAGACUGCAGCCUCAAGAUGUCCACAAAUAUUUAAGUAUGAGGUGCAGGAUAAACAGGAAUUUAAAAACUUCUGAACCAUUUGAACCGGACCCUGUCAGAAAAACAGUCACGUAUGAAGAAGCAGCUACAAACUCAAGUCGCAUUAAUUUAAAUGUUUUUCAAACAUGGCUCCAAAGUUUAUUUUUAUUUUUGCAAACAUGUAGUUGAUUAUUUCGGGUUAGAGUGACAGCUUUGUAAAUGGUUUUAUUGUUAACAAAAACUGACUUUCUCCCUCUCUCCUCCUGUCUCUCUCCUCAGGUCUGUGCGUGCUGUGUCCUAACAGCAACAACUCUCUGCUGGCGUUCCCCGGUACUCACUCAGGCCAUGUGCAGAUAGUUGAUUUGGCCAACACAGAGAAGCCUCCAGUUGAUAUCCCCGCUCAUGAGGGGGCGCUGUGCUGCAUCGCUUUAAAUCUGCAGGGCACGAGAAUAGCUACUGCGUCAGAGAAAGUAAGACAUGGGUGAAGAGGUAAAACAGAUCAGAAGCCUGCAGUUAUUCACGUCUGUUGUUGCUGAUCCAUGUUGUGUUUCCACAGGGGACGCUAAUCAGAAUUUUCGACACAUCAGCAGGUCAGCUCAUACAGGAGCUAAGACGAGGCUCUCAGACGGCCAACAUUUACUGGUGAGCACCUACCAGCCAAACUGUUCAGAUCUCAACCUUGAUACACAAAAGAUUUUUAUGACCACUGUUGCAAACAUGAGCAAUAAAACCAGGUAUCCGGUAGUUGGAAUGUUGAGAACAAUUAGAUCUAUUUGUUAAAGCUCCUGUGAGGAGUUCUUAGCUGGUUGAUAAACACACAGAGAUGAAUACGGAUGUCUCUUUAUGAGCUGCAUAAGCAAACAAAACCACCAGGGAAAAGAGGGACACUUGCAUGUUAUGGUGGCUGUUGGAAGUUACGAGUAUUGAUUAGAGCUUAAAGUCUGUUAUGUUAGCUUGUUUGUAUCAGACUGUAAGCAUGUUUAACUCUACUGUUAUAAAAGGGUGUUGUAACAUGGCCUUUACCCGGGAUUCUUGGCUUUUUGAGGCAGUUUGAAGUAGACUCUUGAGAAACUCCAGUUUCUUUGUACUCGCACACUUCCUUUAAUUUUCAACCCUUGGAGAUUGCCCUUCAUUAAGACACUUUUUAUGAAUUAUUUACAGACGAUGAAAAAAAAUAAAAAGAUCAAUUUAAACAGAACAACUGGGGCUCAAAAUUAUUUUAAUAAAACCAAAGCAGUGAAGCAGCAGAAAGCCGGAAAAAUACAUUAACAAUGUAAGAAAACAGAGUAAAACACACCCAGGCCAGCACUAACUUCAGUAGAUACUUUUAUUUUGUUAUUGUUGUCAAUACUUUUAAAGCUUCUUUGAGGAACUUUUAGUUUAUCUCAAGGUUGGCGCCCCCUGUGGACAAAAAUGGUAUUACCUUAUAAAUAGUGUAUUCAGUCAAAAAUUCUCAUCCUACUGUCGUUUAUUGUGCAUAUUUUGAGUGGAAAGUGUACAAAUGCUGUCUUCAGUCGACACUUGCCCACUCGUGCCAUUUUGAGACGCUAGAAAGUACAGUACAUUCUUGUCACUUGCUUUCCCUUGUACAUCAUUGUUAUGAAUUCCACCUUAGUUUAUAAGCAUCAAAAAAUUUCUCUCAAAAUUCUUUUUAUUAAGGUUUCCUUUGAUGUAUUUUAACAGCUAAUAGUAAUAGUAAUAAUAAUAAUAAUAAUAAAAAUAAUAAUAAUACUACUACUAAUAAUAACAAUAAUAAUAAUAAUAAUAAUAAAUGAAUGAAUAAGAUGAAUAAAUCUGUAAAUAUUAAAGUAAAAGUAAAAACAACGUCAAGAUCAUACAGAAUCAGAUCAUACCGACACAAUGCAAAUAAAAUAAAAUAACCAUAGAGAGGAAAGAGAAAUACAGAGUAAAGUAAAAAAAAAAAAGAGUGAAAAAAAAAAAAAACUUCAAAAAACCUCUCACAGCAGCUUUCAGAGUCAAUUUUUAACAUGUUGUGUCCAAGUUGUGAGUUUUAUGGCAGUGGCCUCCACAGUCCUUCCUCCCUGCUGCACAGACUCCAGAGCCUCAGCUGUAGUCAACACAAGUAUAAGACAUGCUCUCACGCACACCACCUGUUGUCUUCCCAGCAUUAACUUCAACCAGGAUGCGUCCCUUAUCUGUGUGUCCAGUGACCAUGGCACAGUGCAUAUCUUUGCUGCAGAGGACCCAAAAAGAAACAAACAGUCAAGGUCAGUCUCUGCUGGAGGAGAGAACAUCUGUUUUGUAAAUAUGUCUGUAGUUUUAGGUGGAUUUGGACCCAAAACCAAGUCCAGAGGUUACAAAGACUAACGUUUGUGUCUCUUUUGUGUAGUUUGGCAUCAGCCAGCUUUCUUCCCAAAUACUUCAGCUCCAAGUGGAGCUUCUCCAAGUUCCAGGUCCCCUCGGGGUCCCCCUGCGUGUGUGCCUUUGGGACAGAGCCCAACGCGGUCAUAGGUGAGUUCAGUGCCAGAGCGUGGUUACAGUGGAGUGGGAGAGUAUUACAGGGGAUCCAGGACGACUAUGGACUAAUGCUGCAUUCCUGCUACCUUAAAAGUCGGAUGUUGGAGCUGGGAAUGACGUCACACCCGACUUGACAGCGUUCCAGUUAACAAGUCAGAAAACCAAGAUGGACUCCUACAGUUAGCCGUUGUUAGCUGUUGCUUGCAAUUGUCAGCUGUCGUUAGCCAUUGUCAGUUGUUGUUAGCUAUACCAGUAAACAAAGCUUAACACAGUACUUUUCUCUUACAAAGACCAUAGCACUGUGUUCACAGUUAAACGUCGGGCAGUACAACAUAUACCACUAAUUUACAAAAUUUCACAAAAACAAAACAGAAGUGCUAAUAAAUAAUACAUUACCAGAGCUUUCAUUGUUACUCUUUACUGUUGAUGCACUGCGCUGCCAUCUUGGAUUACGACAUUGUUGUCAAGUUGGGGUUGGUGAGGAUUGUCCAACUUUCCGAGUCGGAAAUCCGACUUCAGAGGGGCGUUCCAGAUGUAUUUCUGACUCGGAGCUCAAAAAUACCGACUUCAGAGUACAACUAGAGCACAGCAUCAGACUUUUAUCACAUCAGAACCCACUGAUGAUACAUACAGACCACUGUGUUAGUAAGAAGAAUGAGUUUUUGGUUGUUGUGGGAAAAAACCCCUUCAGACAGUUGACCUGCAUUUGUAAGUAAGUAGAUUUUUGCCCAUAUUUGAUCAUGGUGGAAGACCCAGACUAUCAGACGAGCUGACCCUGUAUCUCUCACUGAAUGGAUGGAUGAUUUGACUGGACUGUGGAGUGUGUGGCAGUGUGUGGAUUAGUGAAAGCCACUCUGUAACUUGUUCCCUCUUCUUCAUGCACGCUAAGUUAAAGUUAAACACAGAAUAGGAAGUUUUCUCUGCCUGAGUUUGCUGACUGUGCGUCUCCUCUCUCCACCCUUUAGCCAUUUGUGCUGAUGGCAGCUACUACAAGUUCCUCUUCAACCAGAAGGGGGAGUGUUCCAGAGACGUGUACGCCCAGUUCCUGGAGAUGACCGAUGAGAAAAUAUGACCUUCGACCCCUCUGCAGACUCACUAUCACACAGCCUGUUUUUUUUCCCCCCUUUCUUUCCUUUUUUUUAAUUUCCGAGGAGGCAGGAGAGAUCUCACGCUGCACUUCUCCUGAUUAUCCUGACAGACUCAGUGAACGAGCCGCAGAUGAUUGGAGGACACAGAAAGAGAAGCACAGACUCAUGGGGAACCUCACAGCGAAGACGAACAAACAAACAAACAGGGAUGCAAACUUUCGUCUCUCACAGACUCUCUCACGGAGUUUCUCUGAACUGAGGCACAUGGACGCCGACUCGACUUCAAACCAAACACCAGAGAACAAAAGAGGGAAAGUUAUUUUUUGAAUGAACAACACGCCGCUUUUUACGACGUCUUCCCAGGAAUUUACAGAGGAUGGAUAUUUUUAAUCACAUCGAUGAUUCUGAUAGCUAGACAGAUUGAAAUACGGAGAUUUUUGUCAACUAACACCACCUAACCUAAAGAUAGGGAGUGCCUCGAGACUGAACAGAAUCUGUAUGUGUGCACAUAUUAUUGUCAUAUAUACAUAUGUGUGUGUGAGUGUGUGUGUUUGUGUAUAUAGCAUCGUACCACAGCAGGUGUUUGCAGAGCAGGAUCAGGAUAAGGUGAGUGUGUUUCUUUUUUUUUAAGGAUGACGGUAACAGACUCUGAUCCUGCUGAAUGAAGCAUCACCGUUAGUAUUACUAGAUUUUCUUAUAUUUGCUGUAAAAACACAACACGCAGACUGAACGUCAAACUACAUCAAACUGUACAGAAUAGUAGCAGAAAACAAUGUAAAAUGCUUUUUUUUUGUUGUCGUUUCAAACAUCUUUUUUUUUUCUUACGUGCAAUAUGUUUCCCCGACUUUAUAUUUUUUUAAGAGUUUGUGAAAGUUGAUGUUUCUCAAAGAAAGCCCCAGACCAUGUUUAACACAAGUUUGAAAAAGUAGUGAUUUUUCUUUUGUUGUUUUGGCAUUUGGUGAGGAGAUUGAAGCUUUUACUGUGCGUAGCUGUUACUACAAGCAGCCUAACUAAGUUUAGCAACUUGCUCUCUACAGCUGAAUGAUCAAUUUCAGUUUCUACCUUUACACAAACCUAUAUAUUCAAAAAACAAAAAAAAUACAUGUGGUAUUAAUUCCUACCACUGAACCACUUUGAUCUGGGAUCCCUGAGUUUUAAAGGUCUUCCAGAACAAGGCCACAGAUUUCUGUUUCUCAUUCAAACACUAAAAGAAGUUAAACCAAUGAGCUUUAGCCUCAUUUUCACCCUCUGAUAUACAAUAUUUACCCAGAUAGAUUAAGGUUCUGCACGCUAUUUCUGAGGCUACAACCAGAAGCCCCUUUGUUUAGCAUAAGCUGGAAUAGAUACUAGAGAUCCUCUGAAGCUCAGUUACUAACAUGUCCGUAACAGGUUAUUUUUUCUUGAAUUUGAACCAAAACUCGUAUUAAACUAAAGUUACCAUCAGUUUUAAGGGAGACAGUGCUCUGGUCUCAUGAGAAGUGAUCACAACAAGGGUGUCUUUGUUUGUUUCCAGUCUUCAUACCAAAUCAAGCUUUUCAGGCUACCAGCUUUAGCUUCAUUUUUACUCUACAGACCUCUGACAUCCAUCUACAGGUGGAGCUUGUAAGAAAUAUUUCCAAACGUGUUCAUCUGUUCCUUUUAUUUUUCUUUUCUCUGGCCAAGUGUGCUUAAAGAAUUGUCAUUUGUUUCAUAAUGCUGUUAAACAGGAAUGCACAAUAUUAGAUUUCUGCCAAUAUCCGAUAUGCUGAUAUUUCCAGAAGCAUUUUGGUCAAUACAGAUACUGAUACCAAUACAUACGAACGUUUUUUUGUCAGUGUGGAGACUUCAGAGUUUAUUCUGUCACAGAAUCGACCUGAUACUCUUGUGAUAGUUUAUUUUUGAACCAGACCAACAAGCCAAACAGCAUUUGACUCGACCACAGAUGAUAAACACGCACUUAGUCUCAAAUACUGUAUCCUCUUCCUGCUGCAGCACAACCGACGUGUGAUUUAUCAUCAGCUUAUUGGUCGCUAAUCCUACCUGCCAAGAUUUCCAUACCUACCGAUGAUAUUGUGCAUCCCGAGUAUUCAUUUUCUUGUCAAGAUUUUGACAACAGGAUUGACGUCCUUCGUUAAAGUGUCUGCAUUCUGGUACUAAAAGCUCUUUCGAUUUACCUAGCUUAGCGUAAAAACCGAAACAGACCAGAAAACCUGCCCCAGAGAACCUGAUAAACCCUCUCAUUAAUACCUGUUAUCUUCUGAAUUCUGCUCAAAGCAAAUCAGUGCUUGAGCAGUGCUUACUAAAGUUGGUCAUUGGCGUUUUUACUUUAAAUUUUCAGAGUGUUAGGGCCACUCCAGAAAAAAAAGAACAAAGACACAUCUGUACAAAAAUUCCUAUCAGACCAUUACUCUGGAAUAGAUUUUAUUUUAGCAACUUCUCUGCAGAGUUCAGAUGUUUCAGAAACUCCUUAAGAUGCCCCAUACUCUUCAUUUCAGUACAGGCUGCUCCUCUGAGGUUCCUCACUAAAACAGUCAGGGUCAUAGGUUACACAUCGCCUAAAUUACAUUUUCUCAUGAAAUGACUUUUUACAAAUGAAAGUCCGCCUUUUUAAUCUGGUAAUACCAAAAUGUUUCUUGUAAUAUGUUGUAAUGAUCUUGCAGAUACAUUCUUGUUAUGAGUUUGUUCUCCAAUGACCUGCCCUGAUUUUGUAAAAUCACCAUCUCAGAAUCUCCCUUUUUUUUCCUUUACGGUGGCUCUUACAUUCUGUCCCAAACUCUCUCCCUCUGUCUGUUAAGAGGUUUCUGUUUAGAUCAUUUGAGCUAUCUGGCUGCUGACUUUCACUUCUGGCGUGAAAAGGAAUACUGUCUUUCCUUCUUGAAGAUCUGUUGAACCUAGAUCUUGAAAAGUUGCUGUUUCUACCUGAACACCAGAGCUUUACUGUGCUGAUUUUCCCUCUUUUGGAGUUUGGUUAGUUGAUUAAUUCCACUUCUUAAUACUGUAUGUAUGCUAAAUGUGACCCUAACACCAGAAACCUUUAACUCAGCUUGGCAUAAUGACAAGAGCAGUACGUGAUGGACAACUUUUUCAAAUCUGUACAGAAACCUUGGUGCAAAAUUGUAUUUGUCCAACAUGAUCUGCAGGGCUACUUUUUGUGCAGUAGCAGAGUGGUCAGAUUUUACAAACCAAAUGUAACAUUUAGGGGUGACCCUAUACAAUAUUGAUAUCAGAUAUCAGUCCAAUAUCAGCAAAAAGACGAAUAUCAGAUUAUAUCGGCCUGCAUCUAAAAUCUCCAAUAUCAGCAGUCUGAUAUUAGCAGUCCAUUCCAGACUCCGCUUCGGCACCUCUAUCCGGCAGCACUUGGAUCCAGCAUGUAGAGCCCAUGUGAUCACAACAACAGUGUGUACUAAGAUACUAACAAAGUACCAAGGAGUACUUUUUUGGACUUUUUCAUUUAAGUCCAAAAAAGACGUCGCAGCUGAGUGCAAAACUUGGUAUCGGUAUCGUAUUGGAGGUUAAAAAAAAACAAAAGUUGUAUCGGGACACCCCUAGUAACAUUUUAUUGAACAGUACUGACUCUAGUCUCUCUGUAAGCUUCGAGCUACAUCUGCACUUCUACCUUGGGGUCUUCGGUCUUCUCACAUUUCCUCACAGCGAGACAUGAAAUGAUUGAUUUUCCAAAGUGUUCCACUAUUUCUUUAGGAGUUUGUAGGAGUCGAGUUUCUUAACCUGCCAAAUUCACCCACACGGUUUCCAUCUUAAAUUCCAACAAAAGAGUUUGGAUGAUUUGUUUUUCUUUUCCUCUCAGCUGUGAAUAUGAGAAAUAUUUUGCACUUGGAUCAAAACUGCACUUCCACUUUGAUGUCGAUACAUGAUGAGUUCAAAGAUUAGAAUCAGAGAUCAUCUCAAAGGUGAUUGCUCCACAUGCUUUCCAUUGGACAUUGUGAUUCCUCUCUCACAGCUUCUAUUACAUUAAACGGCAUUAAUACAUUCAGUAAACACACAAUGAAGCUCUCUACUGUCUUGAUCCACCAAAACCAAGUGUUUGCUUGUUUAUUUGGACCCCUGAUUGCUUCAGCAUAGGGGUCUCUGGUGUAGAAGAUAAACUGAGGAACAGUCUGAUAGUACUUUUCUUUAUUAUACCUGUUGUGUUUCAUUUGUGUUGCUUUCUCUCUGCAUCAGAUUGUACAGCUGCAGGUGUCACAGCACUCGGUGCCCACUGCACAAACUGAAAAGCCAACCUGUUUCUGACACACUCAGAAUGAUUGUAAAACCUUCAUUUAAAGUUGUGAAUAAAAUUUAACAUCUGCUUUUACAGUUA